CAACAUAGCUUGAGACGACCCCUUCCACCCUCAGCUCCUUCGAGGACAUCCCGUGUCCAAUCGUAGCGGCCUAGAGGAGAGGGAGUGUCGCUGUGCUAUCCCAUGCAGAAAGUGGCUCGUCUUCCUAAGUGGGAGAGAUAACCCUGCUGUCUUUCUGCUCCAGGUGCACACGGUGAUCUGAGACACGCAGCCUCCACUGUCUGCCCCUCUGUCCCCACAACUCAGCCUUUUGUCCCCUCCCUACCCCUCCACCACCUUCAGGAUGGGCUGCGUCCAGAGCUUCAGGGAUCUGUGCGACCGUCCCAAGAACACCAACGUGCGCGUCAGCCUGCCGGUGGUCUGCUUCGUGUGGCAGACGGCCAUGGUCAUCCUGUUUGGCGUCUUCAUCCGCUACAACGCCGAGUCGGACGUCCGCUGGCGGGAGUUCAGGAGGACAAACAACAUCUCGAGCGACAUCGAGAAUGACUUCUAUUUCAGAUACCCAAGUUUCCAGGACGUCCAUGUGAUGGUGUUCGUGGGCUUCGGGUUCCUCAUGACCUUCUUGAAGCGCUACAGCUUUGGGGCGGUGGGCUUCAACUUCCUCAUUGCGGCCUUCGGCCUCCAGUGGGCGCUGUUGAUGCAGGGCUGGUUCAGCUCCCUGGACACCGACGGGAAGAUCAAGAUCGGCGUUGAGAACCUGAUCAACGCGGACUUCUGCGUGGCCGGCUGCCUGAUCGCCUACGGCGCGGUGCUGGGGAAGGUGAGCCCGGUGCAGCUGCUGGUGCUCACCCUGUUCGGGAUCACCCUGUACGCCGUGGAGGAGUACAUCAUCCUGUCCAUCCUACACGCCAGGGACGCUGGAGGCUCCAUGGUGAUCCACACCUUCGGGGCUUAUUAUGGUCUGGCCAUCUCGUGGAUGCUGUACCGGCCCAACCUGGAGCAAAGCAGCCGUCUGCAGGGCUCUGUGUACCACUCAGACGUGUUCGCUAUGAUCGGCACCCUAUUCCUGUGGAUGUUCUGGCCCAGCUUCAACUCGGCCCUGACGGACCACGGGGACGGGCAGCACCGGGCCGUCAUCAACACCUACCUCUCCCUGGCCUCCACGGUGCUCACCAGCGUGGCCGUCUCCAGCCUGUUCCAGAAGCAGGGGAAGCUGGACAUGGUGCACAUCCAGAACGCCACCCUGGCCGGGGGCGUGGCGGUGGGCACGGCGGCCGAGUUCAUGCUGAUGCCCUACGGCUCGCUCAUCGUGGGGUUCUUCUGCGGCAUCAUCUCCACCCUGGGAUACAUCUACCUCACGCCCUUUCUGGAGAAGCACCUGAAGAUCCAGGACACCUGCGGGGUCCACAACCUCCACGCCAUGCCGGGGGUGAUCGGGGGGGUGGUGGGCGCCAUCACCGCCGCCGCCGCCACAGAGACCGUCUAUGGAAAAGAAGGGCUGAUAAACACAUUUGACUUUGAUGGUGACUUCAAGGGCACAACCCCUAGUAGGCAGGGGGGCAUGCAGGCAGCCGCGCUGUGUGUGGCCCUCGUCUUCGGCAUCGGGGGGGGCAUCUUCGUCGGGUGUAUUCUAAGGUUACCUAUAUGGGGAGAUCCUGCAGAUGAGGACUGCUUCGAUGACCAGUUCUACUGGGAGUUACCUGAAGACGAAGAGAGUGUUGAACCUGUCCUUGAAUACAAUAACCACACAAUAAGGAACAAAAACGUAGCGGAAACCAUUUUCAGUGUUGAGCAGACCUGACCUGCCUGCUUCCUGCAGGAACCCUGGUUCCUUGUCCUUUAACUACGGUUUCGAACCUUCAAACUGAUCAAACAAGGCACUUAGGACUAGUCUAAUAAUGGCUCCUAUAUCUCUCUACAUUUAUCAAAAGUUUUAAAUUAGGAAUGGGGUGGCGAACUUUCCCUCUUCAAACGCAAAUAUGGGGGAUUUGCCGCUUUGCAUAGCUGGGGCUUUUAAUUUGGAAUAUUUCGAUUCAUAAUUAUUUUUAUCUUGCAGUUGAACAAGUUCUAAGAUAACUAUUACUUGUUGAAAUUGCGUUGUUUGAAGGAUAAAACCUAAACUGCACUUUAAUGUUUGAUUCCUGGUUUUGCACAAAAUUCUAAUUUGUCCUACUGCUGGUGAAGUCGUGGGACUUAGAAAUUAUGCUUAAAGUAUACACAUAGAUGAAUUAUUUGAAAUGUGCCGUUGGCAAAAAAAAACUCCUAAAAAACUUAAACUGCAUAGUUGCAGUUUUUGUCCAAAUUUUCCCGGUUUUAAUAAAUAUUCGGAUAAUUAUUAUUUUUUUUAAUGUAGUUCGAUAGAAAGAUAAAUAGAACAUUAGAAUCAACUUAGAAUGUAUGAAUGAAAAUUGGCAAUAACAAUUUUCAUUUUAACAAAAAUACU